AGAUGGUAUUAGAAUAUAUUCUAGAUAUUCCUCCAUUAACCAGAAUAAUUGUUAUUAGCAGUAUAAUAUUGAGUUAUGCAACUUAUGUUUAAUAUCUGAAGCCCUCCAAUCUCUAUUUAAACUAUAAAUUGGCAUUCCUAGAAUCGUUUUAAGUAUUUAAAUUAAUUAUGAUAGCCAUGGAGAACAUUGACGAGCAUUUUAUAUUUUGGAGAAUUAGAUUUGAUUACAGUUUUAAGAUUAUUCUUUUUGUAAAUUAAAUUGCUAAUGAGUUUAGUUAAUCUAUUUCAUCAUCAUUAGAACAACAUACUUUUCCAGGGUUUGCAAAUUACUUAUACUACUUGCUUUUAAAUUUUAUUACGAUUACUUCGAUUGGACUUUGGUUGAAUGAACAUUCUCUAACCGAAUACUUUGUAGAAGCUCUAAUGUAUGUUUGGGGAAGACAAAAUCAAGAAAGACCAUUAUUAUGUAAAAAUUAACACUCAAUAUUUAAGUUAUGUUUAUAAUACCGGUCAAAGCAUAAUAUAUGGUAUGGUUUUUCAUUUUAAUCAAUAUAAUAACAGGCAGAUCUAUUUAAUCAAAUUUAAUUGGUGCAUUCAUUGGCCAUACUUAUUACUAUUUCGCUUACAUAGUUCCUAAAUUACCUUGUUUCAAAGGUAUUCAUCUUUUGAGCACUCCCAAAUUUUUGUAAUUAUUGUUUUCUUACAUUGUUUAGAGUUAAAUUAUGUAGAAAUUUAGAUAGGUAAAAUGUUGUAAACUAAGAAGAAGCUUAAGCAUUUGCAUUUUGAUA